GCGGAGGAAUGAAGACACAAAACUUUGUUGAGCUUUGUUGUCGCUCACACGGCAAGCGAUCAACCUCGGAGAAAGAUGGGUGUCCGCUUCUCCAUCCCUGACGGUCCGUCCCUGAGGAUCGUGAUGAUUGGGAAAACUGGAGUUGGGAAAAGUGCGGUUGGUAACACCAUCAUAGGCAGGAAGGUGUUCAGGUCUCUGCCGAGUGCACAGUCAGUGACCGAGAGUUGUGAGAAAGAGCGGGCGAGAUGUAACCGGAAGAUCCACGUGGUCGACACGCCGGGGAUUUUGGACACGUCGAAGAGCGCCGAGAGCAUCAGGAGGGAGAUCGCCAAGUGCAUCCAGGUGUCGACUCCCGGCCCGCACGUCUUCCUGCUGGUGCUGCAGAUCGGCCGCUUCACCAAAGAAGAAGAGCGCUGCGUGGAGGCCCUGGAGAAGAUCUUCGGCUCAGCGGCGUCGCGGUACAUGAUUGUUCUGUUCACGCGCGGCGACGAACUGAAGGGCAGAACGAUUCAGGAGUACGUGCAAACCGGCCACCCCAAGCUCCGCGAGGUGAUAAACAAGUGCGGGAACCGCUUCCACGUUUUCAACAACAAGCAGAAGAGGCACAACAGAGGUCAGGUGGUGGGGCUGCUCAAGAAGAUCGACGACAUGGUGGCAGCCAACGGAGGCGGUUACUUCACGGAUGAAAUGUACCAGGAGGCGGAGCGGACUCUGAAGCAGCACGGCGUGCAACAGGAGAAGGCGGCGGACGAGCCGCUUUACGACUUCUCCUUCAUGUCCGACCUGCUGCAGAGGGUCGUCCUCUUUCAGGCCAUUCUGGCUGCCGCUGGGCAGGACACCGGCGGCAGCCAGCAGUACAGCUCCAACCCCAACAACCCCAACAUCCCCACCUACGAGUACAACCUGCCCCCAACCAGCUCCUACUUCAACACCACACCUGCCGUGUGACACAAACACCUUUGGUCUUAUCUGAUCACAGCACUACUUAAUUCUUUUUUUUUUUAAAUAUGGGUGAGCCAUGAAAAACGCUCGGAGUCACAGUAGUGGCAGGAAAACUGCCACCGUUUAUCCGACGUAUUUGAAAUGCUCGUCCAGCGUAGCAUGUUUGUGUGUCUGUGAUGCAGGAAUGAAAACAGUGAUUUGUUGUUUGUUGUAGUUUAUCAGACAGUAGCAUCUAUCAAAGGCAUUUCCUGCUCCUCACAACAUUCUUCAGUGUGCCGGUAAACCCUGGUCCGACCGCUUCUGUCAACAUCAAUCAUGUCAAAGAAAAAAUGCAAUUUUAGCGCCGGGAAGGCAAAACGGCCUCAUCCUUGGAACACGAACAUGACAACAUCUACACUGGAUAAGUUUGUGGUUUUUUUCGGAUGAUCGCUCCAUUUUUUCACAGAUUCCGACUCGUUACAUUGAACUCUUUGUUUUUAUUCUGUUAUUUAACUGAAGCUGUGAUGGAACUCACACCCAGAGUGUUGGGAUGCACUUACAUAACAACAGUUAGCAAAGUUGCUGAGAAUAAUAAUCCACUGUUUGUAAAGUUCAAUAAAAGUUGAAUGUUUAAAGCA